GCCCUUUUUGCAUGGCUUCUAGGAUGAAGCCACAGACAUUUCAAUUGUGUCUCACAUUCUCACCAUGAGUGCUAUUUCCACAAUUUUGUUACUUUUCGGAGUGAGUGACAUUUUGGCCUCAAUCUCUUUGGAAGAGCAAGUUAAAUUGUUAGAGGCAAGAAUCGGAAAUUUAGAAUCACCAACCUGGUUAGUGCUGGAGAAAGGCCCAAGAAGACAACAUUGGACGGAAUGCUCCAAGGUGGAGAUUUGUCAUUGUUCUUGGGAAGAGCAGUCGAUCAAUUGCCGUGGACGCUUUACAACAACCGGGACAAACAAUGUGUGGAAUCAAGUCAUCAUUCGGGACGUACAUCAUUUGGAUGUCUCGUCAAACAAUAUCCGCUUUAUUUCUCCUCGGGCGUUCGAAUCACUUUCAUCUCUGGAAGAACUGAACGUGGAAAACAAUCAAGUCAUGCACAUUCCUGAGUUCGCUUUCAGGGAUUUGAAGGAUCUACUUCAUUUAAAACUGUCCCGAAAUCGGCUGCAAAUCUUGCCCAAAAGGCUGCUCGCAUUCUGUCCACGCCUCCAGACAAUUGAUCUGUCCCAGAAUGAAGUCUCAGAUGUGCCUCACAGGCUGUUUGGCCAAAAUCCUGAUUUGGAAGAAGUGGAUCUGUCGUUUAACGCCUUGAGUCAAGUUAACAAUCUUCACCUCGGACCAUCUUUGGUCUUCCUCGACCUCUCUCACAAUAACAUCGAACACAUCACAGGCUUGGUCCAGAAUGGAGUGGGAUUGCGACGCUUACUUGCCCAUGACAACCAAAUCUCGGACACGUUGUUUGCCCAAGAUUUGAAAUCGCUCGAGUAUUUGGAUUUGUCAAACAACUUCAUCUACGACCUCGACAAUCAUGCCUUCAAGGCCUUGGUCAAUUUGAAGGAAUUGAUCUUGACUGGGAAUUUGAUACAACAGUACAAUCCAGGUGUGUUUCCACCGACUCUGGUCGUUCUAAAUUUGGCUCGAAAUCAAAUUGAAGAGGUCACGGAGACUACGGAUCCAUUUGAUGUGGUGAAUUUAGAUCUGGAGUAUAAUCUGCUCCAAGAACGGCCAAUUUUGAGCUCUCAUCCCAAGUUGGACGUUUUGAAAAUCAGCGGGAAUUUCUUUUCCAUUGAUUGAACUUGACGCCCACGAAUUCCGGCCUUCCUCCUUCAGAUAGCACGGCGGCCUAUGGCAUCUACGACUUGUCUUGUACGCCUGUAUAAUGAUGUACAAUGAUGCACAAUGAUGCACAUGUGUAGUCAGGCCAUCCGUCAAUGUAGAAGUAGCAGUAGUAGUAGUAGUAGUAAUAAAAGUUGCAGUUGUUAUAGCAUUGGUGGUGGUAGUGGUGUUAAUGGUGGUUGGCUUGGCAGUCACUGUUAUCCAGGGCUCCUCUUGUGGUGCAGUGAUUUACUGGUUCGCCCAGGGUUGAAGGAAGGAAGUUUCUCUGGGCACUCAACCAACCAAAUAUGAACAUGGACAUGCACUGUAUGUUACUGAGAAUCGCACUCCUUAGAAGAACAGGUGUUCUGUUGGUCAGAAUGUCAGACUGUCAGUCUAGUUGGUCCAUUGGGUGUGGGGUAAACUUGAAAUAUCCGUUGAAGAGUACUGAUUAAUGGCCAACAUACUAGUAGGUGGUACCUUACCUUGUUUCUUAAGUCAAUAAAUCUCAUUCCAAUU